UAUCACGCUCCUGUAUGCUCAUUCAGACCCUAAUUAUUUUUAUUUUCUCUCUGUUUUUUGCUUCAAUUUUCACACAUUUGCAAAACACACUUCUCUCGUCUCUCCUCUCCCGCCGCAAACUGUCGUAACAGUUGGAGUUUUUAUGGGGUCGAUAAAGAGGAAAUCUUUAGAAGACCCGACAGAGGAAUCUGCACCUCACCCAAAACAACAGAGGGAAAAUGGUUUUGCGGGUGUUGAUGAGCCUGUGGCGUGCUUGCACGAUGUGUCGUAUCCUGAGGGUUUUGUUCAUCGUAGUUCUGAUAAGGCUGUAGCUCAAGAAGAGUCGAAGCCUGCAAAGGAGUUUCCCUUUACACUUGAUCCGUUUCAGUCGGAGGCUAUCAAGUGCCUUAACAUUGGGGAAUCUGUCAUGGUAUCUGCUCACACAUCAGCAGGGAAAACUGUAGUAGCGUUAUAUGCAAUUGCUAUGUCAUUAAAGAACAAGCAGCGUGUGAUAUAUACUUCUCCAAUCAAAGCACUUAGCAAUCAGAAGUACAGAGAAUUUAAAGAAGAAUUUUCAGAUGUUGGCUUGAUGACGGGAGAUGUUACAAUUGAGCCCAAUGCUUCUUGUUUGGUUAUGACAACAGAAGUUUGGCGUAGUAUGCAGUACAAUGCAUCAGAUCUUGUAAAAGAGGUAGCAUGGAUUAUAUUUGAUGAGGUACAUUACAUGCGUGAUCGAGAAAGAGGCGUUGUAUGGGAAGAGAGCAUUGUUUUGGCACCAAAAAAGUCUCGAUUCGUUUUCCUAUCAGCUACAGUUCCCAAUGCAAAGGAGUUUGCUGAUUGGGUUGCAAAGGUACACCAGCAACCAUGCCAUAUUGUUUACACUGAUUAUCGCCCAACGCCUCUUCAACAUUAUAUUUUCCCUUCCGGUGGUGAUGGUCUGUACUUGGUAGUGGAUGAGAAGGGAAAAUUUCGUGAGGAUAGCUUUCAGAAGGGUUUGAACGCUCUUGUUCCGUCUAGUGAAGGUGCUAAGAAAAAUGAGGCUGGAAAAUGGCAGAAGGGUGUGGUGGCCGGUAGAGCAGGUGAAGAAAGUGACAUAUUCAAGAUGGUCAAGAUGAUUAUUCAGCGUCAGUAUGAUCCUGUGAUAGUUUUUAGUUUCAGCAAAAGGGAAUGUGAAUUGCUUGCCAUGCAGAUGGCAAAAUUGGAUAUGAAUGGUGAUGAUGAGAAGGUGAACAUUGAAACUAUAUUCUGGAGUGCUAUGGACAUGUUAUCAGAUGAUGACAAAAAACUACCUCAGGUAUCAAAUAUGCUACCCAUCUUAAAGCGUGGAAUAGGUGUGCAUCAUUCUGGUUUGCUUCCCAUCCUCAAAGAAGUGAUUGAGAUACUGUUUCAGGAAGGACUCAUCAAGUGUUUGUUUGCCACAGAGACAUUCAGCAUAGGGUUGAACAUGCCUGCAAAAACUGUGGUCUUCUCAAAUGUCCGCAAAUUUGAUGGUGAAAAAUUUAGGUGGAUUACUGGUGGAGAGUAUAUACAGAUGAGUGGCCGAGCUGGUCGUAGAGGAAUUGAUGAGCGAGGGAUUUGUAUUCUGAUGGUUGAUGAGAAGCUGGAGCCUUCCACUGCCAAAAUGAUGCUUAAAGGAAGUGCUGAUUGUUUAAACAGUGCCUUCCAUUUAAGUUACAACAUGCUGUUGAAUCAAAUAAGACACAAAGAUAGUGAGCCUGAAAAUCUACUUCGUAACUCAUUUUAUCAAUUUCAAGCUGACCGCGCUAUACCAGAUCUCGAGAAACAAGCAAAGCACCUUAAGGAGGAGAAGGAUUCAAUGAUAAUUGAAGAGGAGGAUAGCUUAGACAAUUAUUACUCUCUGCUUCAGCAAUAUAAAAGCUUGAAGAAAGAUGUUCGUGAUAUUAUCUGCUCUCCUAGGUACUGUUUACCUUUCUUGCAGCCUGGCAGGCUUGUUUGCAUAAAUUGCUCCGGUGAUGAGAAUUCACCAGCUUUCUCAACUGAUGACCUGACUACAUGGGGAGUAGUAAUCAAUUUUGAAAGGGUGAAAGGACUCUCUGAAGAUGAUGCAAAUAAAAAACCAGAAGAUGCGGACUAUACCGUAGACAUUCUUACAAGAUGUGCGGUAACCAGAGAUGAAGUUUCAAAGAAGACAAUGAAGAUUAUUCCAUUAAAAGAGUCUGGAGAACCUGUUGUAGUUUCACUUCCUCUAUCUCAAAUCUAUAGCUUGAGCAGUGUUCGACUUGUAAUCGCAAAGGAUCUUAUACCAUUGCAAAAUCGAGAAAACACAUUAAAGAAGGUUUCCGAGGUCUUAUCUAGGUUUUCCAAAGAAGGAAUGCCUCUAUUGGAUCCGGAAGAAGACAUGAAGGUCCAAAGUAGCUCGUACAGAAAAUCAGUUCGAAGAAUAGAAGCUUUGGAAAACUUGUUCGAUAAGCAUGAAAUUGCAAAGUCUCCGCUUAUUGAGCAGAAACUUAAAGUAUUACACAAAAAGAAAGAGCUGACUGCGAGAAUUAAACAGUUAAAGCGAGCUGUGCGUAACUCCUCAGUAUUGGCUUUUAAAGAUGAACUUAAAGCAAGAAAAAGGGUCCUUCGUAGACUUGGAUAUGUCACAGAUGAUGAUGUUGUGAACGUGAAAGGACAGGUUGCUUGUAAUAUCAGUAGUGCUGAUGAAUUGACUUUGACAGAGCUUAUGUUUAAUGGGGUUCUAAAGGACCUAAAGGUAGAAGAGAUGAUUUCCCUUCUCUCUUGUUUUGUGUGGCAAGAGAAGCUUAAGGAUGCUCCGAAGCCCAGGGAUGAACUUCAGUUACUCUUUACUCAGUUACAAGAUACAGCUCAAAGGGUUGCCAAAGUUCAAUUUGAGUGCAAGGUACAAAUUGAUGUGGAAAAUUUUGCAAAUUCAUUUCGACCUGAUAUCAUGGAAGCAGUGUAUGCUUGGGCAAAAGGUUCAAAAUUCUAUGAGAUUAUGGAAAUCUCACAGGUUUUUGAAGGCAGUCUAAUCAGGGCUAUUAGAAGAUUGGAGGAAGUCCUUCAGCAGUUGAUAUUGGCUGCAAAGUCUGUAGGGGAGACCGAGUUCGAACAAAAAUUAGAGGAUGCUGUUUCUAAAAUUAAGAGGGAUAUAGUUUUUGCAGCAUCUCUGUACUUGUAGUUUCAACAAAUAUAUAUCUUUUUUUUCUUGAUAUCAUGAAAAUAUCCAGGCAGAUGGUGAUUUACAGAUAUAGUAACUGAAGACAUGUUGCUGCAUUUAGAGGAACCGUGGCUGGAGAUCAGCCCAACUUUGUGACCUGAAAACCCCUGCACAGUCUAAGGUUCUUAUGAGAAUUGUUAAUAGCGGGGUAAUACUGUUUAUGAUUUAUAUGGCAGUCCUCAAGAAAGGUCCACAUCUAGCAAGAGGGAAAGAGAGGGGGGUUAACAACCUACAUAUUUUUUGAGUUAUUUAGAGGAUCAUUACGAUUAGUGGGAUCGUUACUAUUACCAUACCUUUUUUGUGCUAAUUAUAUAUUUGAUGUGGCUUUAGACUUGUGUUGGCAUUUUUAAGUAAACCCUCACUUUUACAUCUACGGAAGCUUUAAUUUGUGCAA